GCGAGAGAAAACAGCCAGUAUAGGAGUUUGGACUGGCUGCGGUUUGGUUUACACUAUUUGGACACGGUGAGGAACGGGACGCACUUCGAGCUUGGAUUGGAUAGCUACUGGUUUUAUGCUGCGCGGAUCUCAGCCCCAAACUACCACCACCAAGCCUAUAUUCGCGACUACAGGAUGGAUUAUGGUUGUGGUUGAAAAGGAGGACUCUUCAAACUAGAAAAUAUUAUUUUUGGGGGGAGGGAGGGGGGGGAUCCACUUCUUGGCGGUUGGAUGGUGUGCGAAAGGUAGCCACACCAUCUCGUUCAUUCCCUGCGCAAAUUCAAAAUGACGUUUUUGGAAAGAGGAUAGCCUAUGUAAUGCAUAAGGGAUAAUGUGUCCAAACCAAGGAGUGCUGCAUAACAGAUGAGAGAGAGAGAGAAGGGAACGACAAGGUUUGAUUCUAAAGCUGAGCCAAGGUCUUCGGGUAAACAGUGGAGAAUGCGGUGGGGGAAACACGGGGCUGGAACUGGGCUCCAAGAUUCUUGAUCGUGGAGAGGACUCCAUCUGGAGUGCAACAAGCGAUAGCCUACAUGCUUAUAACAUGCUAAAUUGUGCGCAAAAAAAAUUGUCCCGCUGUUAUUUAAUCACGUUACCCAUGCAUGGGCAGUUUUACACAGUCGCCCUGACAGCAUUUGGAGAAUUAAAACUUUGGAGAUCCCACGCCAACAUAGAAGAGGCAUAGUUGAAGGGGAUCCACAGGGAUACCAAAGGAAACCUUGCUGAAUGGACCUUUAACUUUGGCUUAAGGUGAUCCUUAUUAUACAUCGAAGCCGCACUCACUUUUUGGCACAUUUGAAGACCGCUCUCCACCGAGGCUGGUCUGGUGUAAUUCAAAAGAAACAAAAUCAACCUAACAUUACCUAACUGAUCCCAAAUACAAACUUUUGACCGAUUUUAUUUUCUGGAUUACUCUGUUCUAUGUCCUAUCCCCCAUUUCCCCUUAAAAUUGUAAUUCUGAACCCCGAAGUGGCUCCUAAGUGGUGUUGUGGCUCCUCGCCCGCAGCGGAUCCGGAGCUGGGAGUGUCUGCAGCGGGAGGUGUUGGCGGAGGACCCCCUGUCACACCGCAGGGACCCAAGACCGGUCAGGUCAAAAAUAUGGUUCGAUUUGCGGCAGAACUGUUGUUGAUUUUAGGACUUCUACUUCUUACCUUACAUAUCACGGUGUUACGGAGCAGCCCGCUGCGCCAAGGGAAUGUAACUCUGAGCCAGGAUCAGCAUACAGCGCUUGCAGAGAAUAAUGUCAGAGCAGAGAGCAGUUCGUCAGCCCAGCAGGGCCCAGGGGAGCGGAGAGGACCAGAGCACCAGUCAGCCCAGCGGCCUGCUGCCCUCCCCUGGGCCCAGAGUCAGGCUACCGGAGGCAGCCUGCAGAGAGACGGGCCUGGGGCCUUCCUCCUGGACCUCCACAACUUCCCUGACCUCUCCAAGGCAGAUAUAAACAGACAGAACCCCAAUAUACAGGUGACCAUAGAGGUGGUGGAGCAUGAGAAAGGCCUGAAGAAGGAGAACAAACCAGGUUUGGUUCCCAACUGGAGAAACUGGUGGCAAACCUCCCCUUCAUCCUCCUCCUCUUCUUCAGUCUCGACCCAACGUCGACCCAAGGAGCAGGCUAGGGAGCAGCAGCCCUCCUACAGAGGAGGAGGAGGAGGGAGAGGAGGAGGAGGAGGAGGAGCAAGAGGCAGUAACUCAGAGGAUAGUAACUUCCUAAAACCACUAGGGGACUGGGAGAGGAGAGGAGGCGCAGGAGGAGGAGGAGCCAGCAAGGCUCAGACUGAAUAUGACGGAGACGGUGGCUGGAGUAACUGGUCUCCGUGUAGUGUAACCUGUGGGAACGGGAACCAGAAGAGGACCAGGUCAUGUGGUUACGCCUGCAGCGCCACCGAGUCACGCACCUGUGACAUGCCAUCCUGCCCAGGUAUAGAAGAUGCGUUCGAGACAGCCGUCACUGAAGUCAGUCUGCGGGCUGGAACAGAUGAGUUCAACGCUACAGAGCUAUUUGGUGUCGACACAGACAGCUGUGAACGCUGGAUGAACUGUAAGUCUGAGUUCCUGAAGAAAUACAUGACUAAAGUCUCCAACGACCUCCCCAGCUGCCCCUGCUCCUACCCCACCGAGGUGGCCUACAGCACGGCCGACGUCCCCGACCCCGCCACGCGCCGGGACUUCCGCUGGAAAGACGCCAGCGGCCCCAAGGAGAAGCUAGAGAUCUACAAACCCACGGCCCGGUACUGCAUCCGCUCCACGUUAACUCUAGAGUCCACGACUCUGGCCGCACAGCACUGCUGCUACGGUGACAACAUGAAGCUCAUCACCCGCGGAAAAGGAGCGGGAACGCCAAACCUCAUCAGCACGGAGUUCUCUGCCGACCUCCACUACAAGGUAGACAUCCUGCCCUGGAUCAUCUGUAAAGGGGACUGGAGCCGCUAUAACCAGGCCAGGCCACCUAGCAACGGGCAGAAGUGUCCAGACAACCCCCUGGAUGAGGAUUACCACAAACAGGUGGAGGAGGCAUGGGAGUUUUAGAACCUGAGAGAUGAACGUAUGAAGGGGGGGAAAAAAAACAAAAACUGAUCUGAAAUAUUUGUAAUGAAUCUGGUACUUCAAAUGGUGCUUCAAACCAUCCAAGGCUAGGGGCAGUCUGUUGAUAUCAGCCAACGUGAUGAAGAGACAACGUAUCGCUCACUUGGACGCAAGUUAUUGUCCUCCACAGAGACUGUGGGCUCUAUUUGAACCUAACACAACGGUCAAUCUAAGCAAUGGCGGUAGUGCAAUAGGUUCGGGGGGGGGUGUCAGAAAUACUUUUGCUAUUUUCAUAACCAGAAUUAUUGUAGCAGUAGCGCAAAAGGGUUUUGAUUUAAUAAAUAAAAGUUGAUGGUACAGUAUGUCGAAGGCUUGGCCAAUCAGAACGUGCUCCAUGGCUAAAUGUGGUUGCUUCAAGUUGUGUUUUUACGGUCUUGUAUGUAUUGCGUUGUCAUCAACUCCAAUUAGGAUGUUAGUCCGUUACAGCCUGGUUGGUUAAACAGCCAACAGAAACAAGAUAACAAUUGUAGGCCUAUCCCAUAUUUGCUAAACAUGUUGAACAUGUUUUUGAACAGUAAUUGCAUGGCUUCAACAUGUAACUAUAUAUUGUUAAAAUUGACACUGAUAUAGACUUACUGUAACAUGCAUUAUGUCUGAGCCAAAGGUCAAUAAAUCAAAAUCAUAUUUUA